UCUAAACUUUAUAGAGAAAGCAAAGAGGUGGGGUUGCAUCAUACUGACUAUUGAAGCUUGUUAUUCAGGCAACCCUAGGAAGAUUACUUUCUGUGUUUCUGAAGACAGAAGCCUAGAAAUUACAGCAUGGGGAGAAAGUCACUAUGCCUUCUGAUUGUGGGGAUCCUUGUAGCAUAUUACAUUUACACUCCUCUCCCAGAUAAGCUUGAGGAGCCCUGGAGAUUAAUGUUGAUCAGUGUACCACUGAAAACUUUUCUACAUUUGGCCACAUUUAUUGAGUUUCUGGGACUUUACCAUUUUGCUGAUUUAAUUGCACUAACUGUGAACUUUGAAGAAGUCUCACCAAAUUCAGAUGAAAAUGUCACUGUGACUGAGACAAAAUUUGAUAAUGUUCCUGUCCGUGUAUAUGUGCCAAAGAGGAAGCUGGAUGCACGUAGAAGUGCUGUGUUUUUUAUCCAUGGUGGUGGUUGGUGUUCUGGAAGUCCUGCUUUACGUAAUUAUGACCUGCUCUCAAGAUGGACAGCAGAGAGACUUGAUGCUGUUAUCAUAUCAAUUGACUACAGAUUAGCACCUAAGUAUCAUUUCCCAGUCCAAUUUGAAGAUGUAUAUAAUGCUUUAAGGUGGUUCUUACACAAAAACAUUCUUGAAAAUUAUGGCAUAAACCCUGAGAGAAUCUGUGUUUCUGGAGACAGUGCAGGAGGGAAUUUAGCUGCAGCAGUGACUCAGCAGCUUUUCAGUGACCCAGAUGUCAAUAUCAAGCCCAAAAUCCAGGCUUUAAUUUAUCCUGCACUUCAACCUCUUGAUUUAGAUUCACCAUCAUAUCAAGAAAAUUUACAUAUGCCGAUUCUGCCCAAGUCACUCAUGACCAGGUUCUGGAGUGAAUACUUCACUAGAGACAGAUCACUUGAGAAAGCCAUGCUUUCAAACCAGCAUGUACCUGCAGAAUCCAGUCAUCUGUUCCAGUUUGUCAACUGGAGCUCUUUGCUCCCUGAGAGGUUUAGAAAAGGAUAUGUUUAUAACAAUCCAACCUAUGGUAGUUCUGAGUUAUCUCAAAAAUAUCCUGGGUUCUUAGAUGUGAGGGCAGCUCCUUUGUUGGCAGAUGACAGCAAGUUGCAUGGUUUACCCCUGACUUACGUCCUCACUUGUCAAUAUGAUAUCUUAAGAGAUGAUGGACUCAUGUAUGUUACCAGGCUUCGGAAUGCUGGAGUUCAAGUGACCCAUAACCAUGUUGAGGAUGGAUUCCAUGGGGCAAUGUCCUUUCCCCAACUUAAAAUUACUCAUAGAGUGAUAAAUCAAUAUAUUAGCUGGCUGAAGGAAAAUCUAUAGCAAAACAUGUAUUCCUGAUAUAUUUUUAAAAUAUACUAAAUAUCAAAGCAUCAUAAUAUCCACACGGAAUAAAAUUGGUGUGUUUUGGAAAGAUCUAUAGAAGUCCCACAUGUAGUAUAUUAAUUCUUACUGUAAAUAUCACUUCUGUAUUUUUUUCUUACUCAGAAGUAAUUCAUCCAACAUUUCUCAUUGUUUCUCUUAUAGUACUCUUUUUUGUUUUUCAGUACUGGGGAUCAAACUCCAGACCUUGCACUUGCCAGGCAGGCAAGGCGCCACUGAGCUAAAUCCCCAGUCCCCCAACAUUUUUCAUUGUAAAUGUGCUAUUUCUGCCAACUCUCCUUAUAUAUGGUAAAUUUUUCUUUUUAAUAUCUUUUUUUCUUGUAUAAUAUCUUUUCUGUGAGUUGGUAACCAUUUAUAAUUGCAGAAGAGAAAUGUAAGAAAAGAUUUCCUCUCUGUGUAAUAUCAUUAUUUUAGUCAAUGCACAGGGUUUGAAGGACUCCUAGUAACUGGUAUAGGUUGGGUCUGUCCUUCCAAAAAUGGUUUACACAAUACAAUGCUAGUUCGUUACAUCUGUAAAUUUUUUCCCUUUGAAGCAUUGGUAAAAUCCAAGUAAUAAGAGUUAUACUAUUCAAUACUUAUGAUCACUAGAGGAAUUAGCUGCUUUGUAUGUGGGGAAAGUAAAGAAAUUGAAGCUCAUUGAAGACUGAAGAGCUCUUUGGGAUAGAAAAUACUAAAAGCCACAGAAUAGAGAAGUGGAAGUAUCUAACUUGCAAUAAAAAGUCAGAAAAUUUUAAUUUGUCAAAAAGCCUAUCCUAACAAUUCAGAGUGGAAGACAAGAUAAAAUGGAUUAUGGUUAAGACAAGACAGAAUAUUUGCAUUAACCAUGAUUUAUGUUAUGUUUCAUAAUCACAAAGAAACCUAUCAACAGGCAUCCUUGACUGGUGGAGGAGUUCCAUCCAUGCGGUUAUCUACUACCAAAUCCUCUUCUGUCUUUGUAUUUCACCAGUCUUACUAUAUUUUCUUUGUAGUCAUGGUUAUUAAACUUCUAGUACAAUCUGCAUAUAUAAUCUAGACAAAGAUGGAAUAACAAAAGAGGUACAUUUGAGGUAAUUCUAUUUUAUCAGGAAAAUAGUAACAAUACAGAAAUUCAAAAACCAAUAAACUUUUUAUUCAAUUUCAACAAUCAUGUCAUAAGACAUUUCUCAAAAUAGAAAUUUUGUAAGGGGGAAAAUUACAUUAUCUUAUAUCAAUACUAAGCAAUUAGCAGAUGAUGCCACACAUAGCUAUAGAAAUAACUUGUUAAAUAACAAUUAUGGGAUAAAUAUUUCCUCAUAAACAUGUAUAUACAAUGACAGCUAAUAGUAAAUGCAAUGAGUAGACAUAAAAUUUGUAUAUGUGGUCUCUCAGUGAUUUUUUUUCUGUACUAUGUGCAAACAUAAAAUGUUUUUAUUAUUGUACAUAAAUUCUUAAAUUAAUCUAUGUUUGACACUUGCUAUUGUUUUAAUUAAUCUUUCCUUAAAAGUAGUAAAAUGUGACACUAAAAUAAACAUCUAGAAGCAAAGAUCUUGACCAGA